AAUACCGGGGCGGCGGCGGCGGCUCGGCCUCGGCCUCGGCCUCGGCCCCCAUCGGCCCCGCUCGGCCCCGCUCGGCUCCGCUCGGCCUCGGCCCCCAUCGGCCCCGCUCGGCUCCGCUCGGCUCCGCCUGGCCCCGCUCGGCCCGGCCCGGCCCCGCAGGAUGCUGGCGCUCUUCAACAAGCUGCUGGACUGGUUCCGGGCGCUGUUCUGGAAGGAGGAGAUGGAGCUGACGCUGGUGGGGCUGCAGUACUCGGGCAAGACCACGUUUGUCAACGUGAUCGCGUCAGGACAGUUCAAUGAAGACAUGAUCCCGACAGUGGGCUUUAACAUGAGGAAGAUCACCAAGGGGAAUGUUACCAUAAAGCUCUGGGACAUCGGGGGCCAGCCGCGGUUUCGCAGCAUGUGGGAGAGGUACUGCCGUGGAGUGAGUGCCAUCGUGUACAUGGUGGAUGCCGCCGACCAGGAGAAGAUCGAGGCCUCCAAGAACGAGCUGCACAACCUGCUCGACAAGCCACAGCUCCAGGGCAUCCCGGUCCUAGUCCUGGGGAACAAGCGAGACCUGCCUGGUGCCUUGGAUGAGAAGGAGCUCAUUGAGAAGAUGAACCUCUCUGCCAUCCAGGACCGAGAGAUCUGUUGCUACUCCAUCUCCUGCAAAGAAAAGGACAACAUCGACAUCACCCUACAGUGGCUUAUCCAGCACUCGAAGUCCAGGAGAAGCUGAGAUCCCGCAGGCUGCAGUUCACGUCGGGAAGAUGCCAUUGUACAAGCCCAUGCCCCUUCUCUCUUCCCUUCUGUCCCUUCAGCUCUCUCUCUAGAUGGGUAUUUUUAGGGGACCCCAGACUCCGCUCACCUUGAGGUGGAGCCCUUGUUUUUAUUGUAAAGAACAUGUCCAGCUGCCCCCGUCCCCUCUCUCUGUCUCCCCUCCCGUUCUGGCCCUGGUCGGUUGUUGUCUGGGUAUACACUAUAUAUAUAUAU